AGCAGCAGCCGUCGUAUCUGUCUGUAAUUCCGUCACUCUCUCUCUAGAAAUUGAUACUCCACCUUUGAUCUAACCACCCUGUCAAUGGUGAAAGAAAACCCCUAAAUGUAGGAUUUUCUACAUUUUUUCCUAUUUGCGGCUUGUUCAAGCAAAACCCACUAUCUUUCUCUCUCUCUCUAUUUCUUUCCCAUCGGCCGAAACUUCUUCCCGUAGAUCCCACAUUGUUCCUUAUAAUUUAAGCAUUCCCAGAUCGGAAAAUUAGGUCGUUCUGCAGCAGGAGAAGAAGUAGGCGAUUUUUCCUGGUCUUGUCUGCGUGUGUAUACACUUGCAGUUUUUGGUCUUUAGCUCUGAAUCUUCAAACUUGGAAGUCCAUUGUAGAGUCAAUGAGCAGUGAUGUCCAGGAUUACCAAUUGGAAGCUUGAGAAGGCAAAAGUGAAAGUUGUCUUUAGGCUGCAAUUUCAUGCUUCACAUAUUCCACAAACCGGAUGGGACAAGCUGUUUAUAUCCUUCUUUCCUGCUGAGUCUGUGAAAUUAACAGCAAAGACUACCAAAGCCAUUGUUAGAAAUGGCACAUGCAAAUGGGCAGAUCCUAUAUAUGAAACUACAAGGCUUCUUCAGGAUUCCAAAACCAAAGAAUUUGAUGACAAGUUGUACAAAUUUGUUGUGGCCAUGGGUUCUUCUCGUGCUAGCAUCCUUGGCGAAGCUAGCAUCAAUCUUGCUGAUUAUGCUGAUGCAUUGAAGCCAUCAGUUGUUCCAUUGCCUCUCCAUGGGUGCAAUUCUGGAGCUAUAUUACAUGUCACAGUUCAGCUUCUAACUUCCAAGACAGGGUUUAGAGAGUUUGAGCAGCAGAGGGAACAAAGAGAGAAGGGUUUCUCAACAGGGACGGAUCAAAAUAAGAAUGGUGAAUCUGGGAGUGGAAACAUGUUAUCUCCAGAAGUGCUUUCCAAUGAUCAGGUUGAUAUAAAAGUUAAAUUAAGGUCAAGGUCAAAAGACCUUCCUCCUCUUGAAGAAGAGACACAAUCAACUGGAGAAUAUUCGGAUUUCGCCGUUGGAUUUGAGGGAUCAUCUAAUACCUCAGAAAGUCUAUGUGCCGAAAAGAACGAAACUUGUAGCACUCAUGAAAUUGAGAGUCUCAAGAGCACGGCGUCUGGAGAUUUGAGUGGUUUCACCCAAUGCCAAAGUCCACAGGCCGAUAGAGUGAAUCCAACCGAUCAUCAAAUUCCGGUUAAGGGGAGAAACGAUUGGAUACAUGGUUGGGGUUCAGAAGGUUCCAUUGAUAAUGACCUGGUGCUUGUUCAUGAAGAAAAUGCUAGACUUAGAGGCAACUUGGAAGUGGCUGAAAAUUCUAUUCUUGAACUUAAGAUGCAGGUAAGCUCUUUGCAAGUGUAUGCGCAUGAAAUCGGCGCUGAAACGCAGAAUUUCGCAAAACAGCUUUCUGCUGAAGUUGUUUCUGGUGAAGAACUGGCGUUAGAGGCUUCUGCAAUGAAGUCAGAGUGUGCGAAGUUAAAAGAGGAUAUCGAAUUUCUAAGAAGUAUAAAAUCUGCUCCUCAAUUGCACAGUAUGGAAACUAGUGCUAUAGAUGACCAUGUGUGUUUAGUUCGAGAAAUGCAAAUAAAAUGGCUCGAAAGACUUCUAUUCAUGGAGGGUAAGGUUCAAGAGCUUCAUAAUAAAGCAUACCUUGGUUUCCAAGAAAGAGACAUCCGAUUCCUUACUUCGGAUUUGGAGUCAUUGCUCGUAACCAUACAGGAACUAAGGCAAGGAAAUGGUGAAACAAUUUCUUUGUUAAAUAAUUUGUUUUCGGGAAAGAGUCGUACAAAAGAGAACACGGGAGGCGAGCAAUUUGUAUUGGGAAAUGGAUUCAAUGUGGACUUGUAUCAGCCAGCUGACAUGCUUCACUGUUUAAACAUGCCAAGCUUAAAAUCUCAAGAACCUGAUUCAGCUGUCGCCACAAGUAUGUUGAAAGACAAAAUAUUCGAGCUCUUGAAAGAAGCCGACGAUGCCAAGGCUGAACGAGAAGCCCUCACAAGGAAAAUGGAGCAGAUGGAGAGUUACUAUGAGGCUCUUAUUCAUGAUCUCGAAGAAAAUCAGAAGCAAAUGCUGGGAGAGUUACAAAGCUUAACAGAUGAACAUUCCGCUUGUUUGUUUAAUAUUGCUUCCACCAAAGCCGAGAUGGAAUCAAUCCGCCAAGAUAUGAAUGGACAGAUUCUUCAACUAGCGGAAGAGAAACAUGAUUUGGAUGCAAUGAAUAAGGAGAUCGAGAAGAGGGCUGUUACCUCAGAGGCAGCCCUAAGAAGGGCCCGGUUGAAUUAUUCUAUAGCUGUUGACCAGUUACAGAAGGACCUCGAUUUGCUUUCAUCCCAGGUUUUAUCUAUGUUUGAAACGAACGAGAACCUUAUUAAGCAAACCUAUUCAGGAUCUGAUGUUAUUGAAUCCUUUCAGCCUCAAAACCAAAAUAUAGGGUUAAAAAAACAGCUCCUAGGUGGAGAUAUUCUUGUUGACGAUAUGAAAAAAUCGCUCCUAUUGCAGGAAGAGCUCUACCAGAAAGUUGAAGGAGAACUCUGUGAGAUGCAUUCGAUGAAUGUGCAUUUGGAUGUCUUCUCAAAAAUCCUGCAACAAACUUUAGUUGAAGCUAAUGCUGAAAUCAUGACAAUGGGAGGAAAAACUGAUCAACUUUCACAUGAGUUGAGCCUUUCAACUGAGGGAAACAAAUCUUUGAUGCUAAAGCUACAGGCUGCUCUUGACGAUAUUGAGACCCUUAAUGAAUGCAAAAUUACUAAUUCCUUGCAAAAUCGUCUUUUGGAAGAUAAGUUGGAAAACCUUUCCUAUGACAAUGCCUGUCUUUCUCAAAAGGUUAUCGAGUUCAAAUCAACUAUCCAAAAGUACACAGAUAUGGAAAGCAGAUAUGAAGCUUGUUCUGCUGACAACACGAAGCUGACAGAUUUAUUAAAACAGGAAUCUUCGAAGAAUGAGAUUCUUCAGAAUAAUGUAUUUGCUUUAACGGAAGGGUUAAAGAUUGUCAAAGCUGAGUAUGAUGAAGUAAUUUCUUCUGGGGAAAUUGUACAGGAAAGCACUCGACUUUCGGAGGAAAAAUUAAGGAAUUUGUUGGCAUCACAUUCUGGAGAAUUUAGUAAAUACGUCCAUGAUCUUGAGCGAUUCGACAUGAUGAGUAUUAUUGAACAACUGGAGAUACUCUUAUCUGUUUCAGGCGAAAAGUCUAUUCAACUAUUGGGAGAGAAGAAACUUAUAGAGGAGGAAAGAGAUAUUGCUCAAGCUUCCAUGGGUGCCAUUGGAUCUGAAAUUAUUUCCUUGAAGCAGAAAUUCAACCAUGAUGUAAAUCAGAUGGGUACUAAGAUAGUUGCUUCCAGUGCCCUUCUUGAGAAACUUCAGUUGCAGCUUGAUGUGUUUGCAAACAGACUCCAGAUCAGUUGUGAUGCUGAAGAGACCUACACAAAUCAAAAUAGAGAGCUUUAUGCUAAUCUUUCAGUUUUCGAAGCUGAAAUAACACAACUCGCAUCUAAGAAUUCAGAACUUGCUAAAGAGAUUAUGGCACUGGAAUCUGUAAAUGAGCAAGUCGGUUAUAGUAACUCAACUAUUUCUCGGCUAACCCAGGAAAAUCAACAACUCGUGGUAUCUUCAAGGGAGAAAGAUGAGAAAUGUGUUUUUCUGCAAGACGAAGUGCAAGUGGAGAGAAACUUAAGAAUUAAUGUUGAGGAAACCGUCUUGGGUCUUACUUCUCAGUUGAAUGAGAAAAAUGAUCAGUUGCUUGAUUAUGAGCAGCUGAAAGCUGAACUUGCUCAGUUAAGAAUGGACAUAGAUGUGGAGAGAAACUUAAGAAAUAAUAUUGAGGAAACCGUCUCAGAUCUUACAUGUCAGUUGAAUGAGAAGAAUGGGCAGUUACUUGGUUAUGAGCAGCUGAAAGCUGAACUUGCUCAAAUAAGAAUGGAGAUAGAAGUGGAGAGAAAUCUAAGACACAAUAUUGAGGAAACCGUCUCGGAUCUUACUUCUCAGUUGAAUGAGAAGAAUGAUCGGUUGCUUGAUUAUGAGCAGCUGAAAACUGAACUUGCUCAAUUAAGAAUGGACAUUGAAGUGGAGAGAAACUUAAGAAAUAAUAUUGAGGAAACCGUCUCAGAUCUUACUUGUCAGUUGAAUGAGAAGAAUGGUCAGUUACUUGGUUAUGAGCAGCUGAAAGCUGAAUUUGUUCAAUUAAGAAUGGACACGGAAGUAGAGAGAAACCUAAGAGAUAAUAUUGAGGAAACAGUCUCAAAGCUUACUUGUCAGUUGAAUGAGAAGAAUGAUAGGUUGCUUGAUUAUGAGAAGCUGAAAGCUGAACUUGUUCAAUUAAGACUGGACAUAGAAGUGGAGAAAUCCAGAGUUCGAUCCUUCGAUCAGCUUCAUGAGAAAUCUUCCGGUCUUAUUGGCAUGGGAAGUCAGUUGUCGGAUAUGCAUGAAUAUGCGAUGGUGCUAGAUGUUAAAUCCGUCUUUCUCAGAUCACAAUAUGAAGACCGUUUUAACGAGCUUUCUCUACACACUGGGGAGUUGCAAAACAAGAAUCUUCACUUAGAGAUGAUGAUUAAUAACUGCAUGGCUAGCCAAGAGCAUUAUGUAGAAGAAAAUGCACGCCUGGUUAAUGCUAUGGAAUCUCUGAGAUCCGAAUUAAAGUUUUCAAUGGAUAAAUAUCAAGCUGCUUCAGAUUUGAAUAGGGUUUUGGAAAUUGAAUUAGGGGAAUACAAGAAAAGAAUUUCGGAACUACAAGCUAUCGAAUUAGAGGUCAGAAGGAUGAAAAGCGAGAUAAUAAGUGCUGAAGAAGAGAAUGAUCACUUGAUAGCUUCAAUGGAGGAAUCUGAAAUUUUCGUGAUUGUGCUCACUGCCGGGCUCAAUGAACUCAAUGCCAGAGUUAUUUCGCUGGAAGGAUAUAAAGAUAAAACUAUGAAGCUGCAAAACCAGUAUGAUGAACUUAACAAGCAGUUGACUGAACAGACGAGGAAAGCAGAGGAGUUUAAGAAUUUAUCCACUCGUUUAAAGGAGCUUAAAGACGAGGCUGAAGCUGAAUGUUACCGAGCUCGUGAAAAAAGAGAAUCCGAAGGACAGUCAGAUUCCAUUCAAGAAUCGCUGAGAAUCGCCUUCAUGAAAGAACAAUGUGAAACAAUAGUGCAAGAACUGAGGCAGGAGCUUUUUAUGUCGAAAAAGCAUGGAGAGGAGAUGCUUCUGAAAUUACAGGAUGCGGUUGAUGAGAUUGAGAAUAGGAAGAAAUUUGAGGCCUCUCAUUCGAAAAGAAAUGAAGAGCUUACACAAAAAGUCUUGGAAUUGGAGGAAGAGUUACAGUCUGCGGUUUCUCAUAAACGCGAAAAAAAUAAGGCAUAUGAUAGUGUAAACACUGAACUGGAGUGCGCUUUAUUAAGUAUCGAGUAUUGCAAGGAAGAAAAAGAAGGUCUCAAAACCUCAUUGCAAGAGUGCAUGGAAGAGAAUUCUAGAAUUUCAAAUGAACUCACUUUAACCAACGGAAAGCUAGAGAGCGUUACAUCUCUUACAUGUGAUUGUAAAAGACACAGUGGCUCUAAUGGAGUUCGUCGCAUGCCUACCCAUCAUACCGAUAUGGAAGAAGAUGAAAAACUUGGAAGUUCUAAAGAAGAAUCUGCUGGUAUCUAUUCUGUGGGAAGCUAUUCCUCUAGGAACUUGGAUGACGUUGAUUCAGCAAGUACUAAAGCGGAAAAAGAUGCUCAAAGUCCAUCUAUUCGAAGUGAAUCUUGGAGCACGCCUUUGAAGAAACAUAUUAUACAGGAUGUUACUACUGAAAUACCUCUGGAGCCAGAGAAAGGAACUUCGCCACACGAAGAUCUGAUGCAUCUAGCUCUUAUAAAUGAUACUUUCAAGAAUCAGAGUUUAAAAUCCAGCAUGGAUAAUUUACAUAAAGAGCUGGAAAGAAUGAAAAGUGAUAACUUGUUUCUGAAGAGUGAAUGCGAGUUAGAUCCAGAUAUUGCUUAUCUACAGAAAGAAGUGGCACAAUUGGAUGAGGUGAAUGAACAACUCAAGUGCAAAUUCCCUACUUUCAUUGAAUGUCAAAGUAAUGGGAAUGCUUUGGAGAGGGUUCUAGCUUUAGAAAUUGAGCUUGCUGAAUCACUCCAGUCAAAGCAAAAAUCAACCGUCCAAUUCCAAAGUUCUUUCAUUAAGCAGCACAAUGAUGAACAAGCAGUACUCCAGAGCUUUAGAGACAUAAAUGAAUUGAUCAAAGAAAUGUUGGACAUGAAAGGAAGGUAUUCAUCUGUGGAGAACGAACUCAAAGACAUGCACGACCGCUAUUCUCAGCUUAGCCUCCAGUUUGCAGAGGUUGAAGGCGAAAGACAGAAGCUCACGAUGAUGCUAAAGAAUACCAGGACAUCCAAGAAGCAGUUACUGAGCCCGAGUCGUUCAUCAUCUAUCACAUUAGCUAAUAGCCCGUCAUAGCUGCUAAUGCAGAGACAGUAAUCAAGUUCAAGAAGGGAUAAUAGGGCACCCAAGAGAUUUGUUGUAAAUAAUAUAAUAUAGAUUACUUUAAAUAGUCUGUCUUGCCUCCGGGCUUAAAUGCUGAAAUUCUUUAGUUGUAUAUGUAAUUUGGCAUAUUUAUUUUGAAUUAUCAAUUGUAUUUUUGAACUCUAUU